CAAUGCUUGCGCUUCAUUUUCUUGUCCACCCUUUCGCCUUCAGUCUUCAGUAAUAGUUGCCAUGGCAUCUCCUUACUGCGUGAGAAAGUGUCUCGGAGAGACGUCACGCAGCCUGUUCUCAGCAAGCCGAUCGUUAUGUUGGGACUGUCAACAACCCAUCAAAUCACGCAUUGACCAGAGAAGAAAGAUUAGCAGCUACGGCUACACCCAAGCGAAAGCCCUUGUAUACUCCAAGUAUGGAGAGCCAAAAGAUGUUCUUUCGCUACAUGGUCACUCUAUUUCACCCGCGUCUGGGUCCAACGUCGUCCUCCGUAUGCUCGUGGCUCCUAUCAACCCUGCCGACGUCAACCAGAUCCAGGGUGUGUAUCCUGCGAAGCCAGAGAUGACAACAGCACUCGGCACCUCCGAGCCCUCAGCCGUGGCUGGAAAUGAAGGAACGGCAGAGGUCAUCAGUGUCGGUUCUGGGGUGAAAACCCUCAGCAAAGGAGACUGGGUCAUCAUGAAGAGUACCUCGAUGGGUACCUGGCGGACACACAUGGCAAUAGAUGAGAGCAAGUUGAUCAAAAUUGAUAACAAAGAAGGACUGUCCCCGCUUCAAGUCGGGACGGUGUCAGUCAAUCCCUGUACGGCAUACCGCAUGCUUCUUGACUCGGCAAAAUGGAGCUUCCGGGGAGACGAAUGGUUCAUCCAGAACGGCGCCAACAGCGGGGUGGGAAGAGCCGCCAUACAGCUUGGACGCGAGUGGGGAUUCAAGAGUAUCAAUGUCAUCCGGGGUCGGGAGAACAAGGAGGAGGAACAGAAACUUCGCCAGGAACUGCUCGAUAUUGGAGCCACCAAAGUCAUUACGGAAGAAGAGCUCCAGAGUCGCGAGAUCAGAGACCAGAUCAAAGAAUGGACAAAUGGUGGACGAGAACAAAUCAGAGUUGGCCUCAACUGCGUGGGAGGGAAGCCGGCGACCGCUCUGGCCAAAUUCCUAAGCCCUGGGGCGACCAUGGUGACGUACGGAGCGAUGAGCAAACAGCCUCUCAUGUUACCUGCCUCGCUACUGAUCUUCAAGGAGAUCACUUUCAACGGGUUUUGGGUGAGCAAAUGGAGUGACCGACACCCGGACCAGAAGAAACAGACUGUGGAAGAUGUUCUUCGGCUCACGAGAGAAGGGAGAUUCAAGGAUAUACCGGUGCAAGAAUGCAAAUGGGGCUGGAACACGGAAAUCGAUCUCCUGAAACAAGCCGUUCAAGGAACCCUUGGUGGCUUCCGACCUGGAAAAGGCGUUUUUGUGUUUGAGGAGACGUGACCGGCUUCAAUAUGCGAGCGCCUGUUCAUCUAGGAGACGCAUUCGGCUUCUCCCGCUUGGCUGAUCAUUGGCACCGCACAGCUGAUGGCUCAACGGAAUGCGUUCUCGAUUGUGCUAUCUCCCUGCAGGUAAGCUUCGCCAUUCAGCGAACCAUGUACCAGGAGAUAGAUAUAUUGUAUGUCUAUAUAGGAUGGUCCAGACUGAGGCGUAAACUUUUACAUAUUCAAUUGACGGCGGUGGCGAGUGUCGCACGAGGUAGCACUAAUGAAUCUUACUCACUGCGUUCAAGACGGCGCCAGCAGCUUCGUGCAGCUACGUCUUGACGGAGAUACGACCAUCAGCACAGCUUUGCCUAGAUAUACAGAACACCUGAAGCGGAAGCGAGAGCAGCAAGGCUCCGCACUUCCGCC